CGAUGAAUACUUGUAUAUGUUGAUUUUUGCCUUUUGCUUCGAUGCCAAAUCGAUGGUAAUGCGAUGGCAUUUCGAUGACAAUAGCAGACUGAGUUUUUUUUUUCUUUUGUAAAUUUAACUAAUUCUCUCUCUCUUUUUUUUUGGAUAUUUUGGAGAUGGCACCCAAACAUCCCACCACUUGAGAUCCCCAUAGAGGAUCAUUAUGUCAGUCGUAUGACCUAUAGGGGUUCCGGGAGGUUAACUAAAUUGAAGAAAAAGUUAGAGGAGCAUGGAUUGUUGGGGAAGGUGAAUGAGUUUUUUUUUGGACCAUUCUUCACAGUCCAUGCCUUUCCGUUCUCUGGGGCAUUGGUGCACACACUGCUUUUGCAGAAGGUGAAGUCUCGACGUGACAAUGAGGUGCAUUUCUUGAUGGGCCCAAACUUAUGUAAGUUUGGGGUGCACGAGUUUGCCAUUAUGACUAGCCUGAGUUGCUCAUGUCCACCACUUACCGCUGACAUUCAACCUCACCUUACUUCCUCCCGCUUACUCGAUACAUAUUUCAAUAUGGAACCCAAGAAAGACAUUAAGUUCUGUAUGUUGGAAUGAGCUUUUAGUAUGUGCGAUUUACCUAAUGAUUUGUACAAGCUCGGUUUGGUUUACUUUGUGGAAGGGAUACUAUUGGCCGCUGAGAACAACAAUGUUAUUUGGCGAGAUUCAUUGUCGAUUGUCAAGGAUUUAGAGUAUUUUGAGAAGUAUCCAUGGGGAUCCCUUUCAUUCAAUAAAACUAUGAAACAAUUCAGUAGAGAUAUGAAAGCGAUUGGUGCUACAAUACAUGUUAAGAAGGCGAAGAAGACCACUGAGGUGGAGUCUUCUAAGGGUGUUCAAGUGGAGGCAAAGUACACCUGCAAGGGGUAUCCACCAGCCUUGCAAUAUUGAGCAUACGAGAUGAUUCUUGAUUUGCAGAAGGAAUACGCCAAGCCUUAUGGAUUCAAGUUCCUUAGGAUGCUACAGUGGGAGAGCACAUGCCAGCCGAAACAUUCGCAUGUGAAAGAUGUACUUGCAAGAAGACGUGCCUUGACCAUAGAUCACAGGAUAGAGGGGGAUCCUCCAAGGUAUGCGAUCCUGCAGGAUAUGUUCCAGCCUGCGCCAGAGGAUGGAAGACCUUAUGAUCCUGAGGCAGAGGCUGAUGCGGUGGCUGAGAUAGCCGUGGAGGCUGGCAUAUUUGUGGAGGAUGCCCCAACGGGGACUGCUCUAGAUACUAGUGCAGAACCUACUUCUGCUCCUGCUCCUGAAGCUUAUGACGUUGUGUUGGGUGAGAUGGCCAGACUAUUAGGUAGACGAGGUUGAGGCCACUCUAGGUGUCCUUGUUGCGAUAUUUUUGCUAUGCAAGUGCACACAAUCGAAUAAACAAGUAAUAGUAGUGGAAAUAUAGUAUCGUUCCGUCAGGGAAUUGAUCUAAUAAUUACC